UAGUUGAGAUGUCAAGUGCCACCUAAUCCACACCCAUUGCUCCCUCUCCUCCUACCUUUUCAAUCUUCUAUAUGCAAUUCAUGUAUUUAUAGCUGUGGGAUAUGACGAGAGCUCUCCGCAGGACAAGGCCAGCUCCGAUGGAGAAGCCAAGUAACUCGUCGACGGCUACCACGGAAGAGAGCAGUUGGGCCUCUUACAUCGCCGACUUCGUCGCAACGCAGCAGGCGGAAGAAUCCAUGCGGGCUUCCAAGAAGCUUAGCACUAAGAGGAGGAAGACAGCCGCGGAGGACGACGACGACCCCUUGGAGGACACUGCAACGUCUCCUGUCAAAACUCGUAGAGUCGGUGUCUCCGAUCAGUCGCACAUGAAGCCAGGGAAGAGGAAGCAGACCGAGGUAGAUGAUGUCGGCUUUGUGAGGUCUGAAGAACUGAGCAAGGACGCUGAUGACGUGAACUCGGCUAGGAGUUCAUGUGGGCGUACAGAUCUGAGGAAGAAGGGCCUCUGCUUGGUCCCUUUGUCCAUGGUGAUGCACUAUCUCGAGUAGCUUGUACACAAAGUUAGCUCACCAAAAGGAAAAUCCCAUUUCAGCAUUAAUCUCUCUCUCUCUCUCUCUCUCUCUCUCAGAGACUCCAUAAUGUGAGUGAUGUGUAGCUUGCAAAUUAAGUUAGCUCACCAAAAGAAAAUUCCCAUUUCAGCAUUAAAGACUCUCUCUCUCUCUCUCUCUCUCUGGUAUAUGUUAUCUGGUAGGUAAUAGAUCAUAUUUUUGCUUAGCUAAUACACAGUUUAAUAU